UACAGAUUAGUCAAAUGCGAUGCAAUAUGGCCAAUUACACCUGCUUAUACGCGGUACACAGAUCGUAACUGCUAUCCACAAUUGGUAUUACGCAAAUCCAAAUACUUAAUUGAUAUUUGUUCUUUGUCUCCAAACGAUCGCAAUGUGAUUGAUUUUGGACUCAUUUGAAUGAAAGGCUUUCACAAAUUGGCCUAGAAUUAAGCUUUAUUUUACUUCGCAUAUAUGAAGUGACUAGAAAUAUCUAAGGUCACUUUUUGACAAAUUGAAGCUUAUUGAUGAAAUGAGUUCAGACACUAUUAAAAAUUACGAGUCUGGAAUUCCGUUAGCCGAAGACGAAUUCAGCGACUUAGACGAAGGAUGUGAUCCUUUCUUGUUCUCGAAGGACGGACCGGAUGGGACAUUCUGCCAAUUAAGCGACACAAAUAACAAUGAAGAUGACACGGAAGGAGGGUUUUCAUCGAGCACAGAGAACGAAAAUGAUUGUAAGGUUCUUGUCAUUGGCGCGACUAACUCAGGAAAAACUUCCCUUAUUGAGAACUUCCUCACUGGCAAAAACUCCGAAAACUCUAGGACCACAUUAUGCAUAGACAUCAGCAAAGCCACAAUACCUUCACCCUCUUCAGAUAUAACUGAUGAUGUCACAGGAAAGGUCACUGAAGGUCAAAGCACUCCAGUGACUUUUCAAAUUUAUGACAUGGCGGGAAUGCGAAAAUUUCAAUCUCAUAAUUCUUCCUAUUAUUCAAACGUAUUUGCAGCACUUUUUGUUUUUGACGCCACUUGCAAAAUUUCUUUGAAUUACACAAUAAAUUGGCUCGGAGACUAUUCGAAUUACUGCAGACGUGUAAAUUCGGGACCUGCACUCAAAGUGCUUAUCUGCAAUAAAUGCGACCUGCCCAACCCGGCGAUGAGUCGCGAAGAACUGACUGAGUUCGCCCAGAAGAGUGGAAUGACGUCAUGCUUUGAGUGCUCGGCAAAAUCGGGGCGGAAUGUGGACACAAUAUUUGCACACAUAGCAGACCAGUUUGUGAAACUGCGAUUGAAUGCGGCAACUGAUCCUGUAGUAGGGAAUGCUUAAUCUAAAAGUAAUUGUUACUAGCUAGUAGUUUACUUGUUAGGUUCCUCAUAAAUGCUCUGGCCCCGCAUGAAAAUUAUUAUGAAUUUCCAAAUGCUCGCAAAUAUCGACAAACCGCAUUUGUGAGAGAAAGUUACAAACAAAAAAGUGUGCAAUCAACCCUAAUGGCCAAUAUAAUCAACGGUAUUAAUUAAAAAGUAAUCAGCCCUCUGAGCGUCUGAAUUCUAAUUGCCACGCUACGUUUCUUUGAAAAGAAUUAGUGAAGGAGUAAUGAUUUGAAAUAGUUUUGUUGAGGACCAAAUAUGUAAACUAGUACCGCAAUGAUCAAAUUUUUGACAUUAUCGAGAUCGACAGUUUACUUUAACAGUGUAAACAAUUUGCUGGCUUUUCAAACCAAAUGAGCUUCACCGAAAUUAAUUCUUUAGAUGAGAGUUAUCCAAUAAUUGUUUCAUCUGCCAAUCUAGACUAAAAAAACUGUCAUCAUGUAAAUCUGACCUUGUACUAUAUAUUUUCCUAGUUCUUGAAUUCAGAGUUAGCCAGCAAGUUGAGAUGUUGUUUGUGUGUUAAAUUGAAUAUGCAAAUAGAUAUUUUAGA